GCUUCCUUCUGGCUCGCCGUAGUUAGCCCCAAGAUGGCGGCGGCCGGUGACGUGCCGGUCCGGGUUUGCAAUCAGGAGAUUGUCAAAUUCGACCUGGAGAUUAAAGCCGCCGUGCAGGACAUCCGGGAUUGUACAGGGCCUGUAAGUGCACUUGCAGAAUUGAAUGCCAAAGUAAAAGAAAAAUUCCACCAUUUACGUCUCAGAAUACAAGAACUUGAACAGAUGGCUAAGGAACAAGAUAAAGAAUCAGAAAAACAAGUAUUACUCCAAGAAGUAGAGAACCAUAAAAAGCAAAUGCUCAGCAAUCAGACAGCCUGGCGUAAGGCAAACCUAGCUUGCAAAAUUGCAAUUGACAAUUCUGAGAAAGAUGAAUUGCUGCGAGGAGGAGAUCCUCUACGACAAAGAAAGUCUACUAAGGAAAGUCUGGCAGAGGGGGCAAGUAACAUCACAGAGAGCCUGAUGGGAAUUAGCAGAAUGAUGUCUCAGCAGGUUCAGCAAAGUGAGGAAACCAUGCAAUCUCUAGUUAAUUCUUCACGAACUAUCUUGGAUGCCAAUGAGGAGUUUAAGUCCAUGUCUGGAACAAUACAGCUGGGGCGAAAGCUUAUUACAAAGUAUAACCGCAGGGAGCUGACUGAUAAAUUGCUCAUCUUUCUUGCCCUUGCCUUGUUUUUGGCCACUGUGCUUUACAUCUUGAAGAAAAGACUAUUUCCAUUUUUAUGAUCUUUUUAAGUGAAAGGAGGAAGCAUGACUGUGAGGAAAAAAGAAAGGCAGUAUAUUGCAAAAAGACUUCUGACAGAAGAGACUUCCAUUAGGCAAAACUUUACAUUGAACUAGUAAGCCAAAUGAGCAGCAGGUUAGAACAAGAGGAAAAAGUGUGCUUGUUUGCUCUGAGGCUGGAAGGCUGUACCACUUGUCGUAUUCUGUGAGGCACAUUCCAAUAUCCCCCAUCUUUGGCCAUUUCUAUCUCUUUUCUCAGUUCACUACAGAACUGAGAGGACUAGAAGAAUACUAAUAAAUAUAUAUAUAUAUAAGUAUAUUGUAUAUUAUACCUUUGAUAAAGUAGAUGUGAAUGCCAGUACUGUGAAAAUCUUAUAAAUUAAAAGACACAUAAAUGUGUAUAAUAAGCCUUAUUACUGGUUCUUUUUGAAUUAUAAAAAAUGACCAUUUCCACAGAUUGUCUCCAGAAAAAGCAAUGAGGCAAAUUCCCAAAUGCCUUUUUAAUUGAUGGGUCUAUAUUAUUCGUUUAUAUGUUCCUCUUGCCAGUGUUAUUUAGAUAGAUUUCUUUGCUUCAUCCCAGAUUCUAGUUCUCCCCUAUGUAGGGAAUGAUUGCAUUGGGUGACUGGGCCAAUUAAUCUCUCUCAGAACUAGAUUACUUCCGGUUAAUCAAAAAAAUUCUGUAUCAACUGUACUGGAUCAGUGUACUAGAUUACACCCAUGGCCUUGAAGAAGAGGACUUCAUCGUGCACUGGAUUGAUUCAGCUUGAUUGUAAUACACUAAAUGUUUGUUACUGUACUGAAGAAAGUGAAAAAAUGGUAUAGUAAAUAUAUUUUCCUCAUUUCUACUGUCAAUAUAGGUGGAUAGAGGGCAGAUGAUAAAGCUAAUUGUUCACAAUUAUAGACCAAGUAAAAAAUAUUUUUGUUUAUAAGCCACUUUUGAAUCUUUUAUCUAUAAACUGCCCAGAGUCGUUCUAUGAGUGAGAUGGGCAGUAUCCAAUUUUGAUAAAUCAAUCAAUCUUGCCAAGAAAACUCCAGGGAGUUCUACAGCCAGGAGUCAACACUGACUAGAAGCCCUGUGUGUGCACACAUACCAGUGCGCUCACAAACACACACAUUGAGAACCAGAGACUCUGGUUUUGUGCCAUCUUGUGUAUGCCACAAGAUGGCACUGAAGGACCAUAUUUUUAAAAAUAACACACUGUUCUUUAAUUUGCAGUCUUUGAAUGGGCAACUAUUCAAAAUAAUAGCAUUGCCUUAAAGCAUAAAAUGCUAGACAGAGAGGAGUCAAAGAAGCAAACUGCAGUUAAAAAGAAGUUACUGAUCGAGCUCUGGUAUAUUUUGCACUAAUGCUUAUAUUUGUCUUUAGCUCUCUUAUUAAAUUAGUAUUUAUUUCAAUCUUAACAAGCAAAAGAACUAAAUAAACAUUGUUUUAUGUUUAUAUGAGUUUUGUGACACUAGAUUAACUUUUUUUAUUAUGUUUAAAAACCAACCUCUGCAAAGAGUUCUCUGGCAUACUGUAAGAGGGUAAAAUAUGCCGUGAGUGUGUAGAACUCAGUUCAGAUCCCAACAUACAGAUCAACCUCAGUGGAGAUGGGAUGCAGUGAGCUACAGUCUAAGGGUCUUAUGCAAUAGUGUGGCUGACAGCCCCUACUUUGUGGUGUGGCCCAAAACAUCCAGUAAAUUGACCCUUGCUUUCUUUAAAAACCUAUAAUAAUAGUGGUCCAAUUGAUAAACUGCAGUCUAGUUUUCAUCAAUUGGAUUAGCUACAAAUAGCCUAAAUGUCAAAUCUGGGGGACAUUUUCUUUGACUAAGAAAACUGUUUUGACAAGACGCUGGCUUUCAAUUACGUUCUGAGGUUUAUAAAAUUGAACAUCAUCAAUAAAAGAUGCAAGGAGGCCCUGACUAAAAACAGUUAAAGCAGGAGGCUCAAAGGAUCUCUCCACCUGCAUGCUGCAGUGAGCCCUGGCAAUGCGCUGAAACCAAAAAUCUUGUUUUAAUGCAUGCACUGUUGACUAAUUCAGCCGUGUCGACUGUUGGUUUUAUUUGGAUAUCUCUGCGGUUAAUUAGUAAGUUCUCUAUUAUUUUUUUGUAUAUUUCUCAUUAUCCAAUAAAUUUUAUGCCUAGA